UAUCGAUAGCGCCCGCAUCGAUACACCUUUAUUCCGCCGGGCGACAAAUCCGAUUUGUGUUAUUGUGAUUGGAAAUAUAUAUACAGGAUAUAGCUUAGCCGGGAUCAAAAAUGGGGCUUCUGUCCGAUCCGUCGAUAUCGACGCAGAGCAAGCUGGUGGAUGGAUUGGCCCGACAUGUCCGCAAAGUGUGCUACGCCCUUUAUGUGGCGGGUGUGGCCUGGUUCUUCUGUUUGGCACUGCCGGAGUUCAAUCAUGGAACAUAUCUCUCUGAGAAUGCCCUGUCCCCAGGUCUAGUCUAUCCGGAAAUCCGCGUUGAUGCCAAUCGCUUGGCCAUUCAACUGCUAGAGGAGCUGCAGCGGGAGCGCAAGGACCAUCUGUCCACCACGCCGCACGCCUGGAUAGCGGCCAAAAUGAACGAGUUCGGGCUUGAGACACACACCCACAACUAUACCCUGCGCUAUCCCUUUGGCGGCGGCAAGGAAUAUCACGGUAAGAAUAUCUACGGCAUAUUGAGAGCUCCGAGGAUUGCUUCCACGGAGGGCAUCGUUUUCGCUGCCCCUUACCGAGCGGCUAGCUCUGUGCAUUCGGACAUCUCUGCUAGCGUGCCGGUUCUUUUGGCUUUUGCGGAUUUCGCUAGGCGCAAGAACUACUGGGCCAAAGAUCUGAUCUUCUUGGUUACCGAGCAGGAGCAGCUGGGCAUGCAGGCUUGGCUGGAGGCAUAUCACGAUGGUGAUCGGGAUUUGGAUGUGAGCAAGGCGUAUCUACGUCCCGGGAAUUUACCCGCUCGAGCAGGUUCGCUACAGGCGGCUCUAAAUAUUGAAGUUCAGGAUCUGGAAAUCGACCAUGUAGAUGUGCGUAUUGAGGGCUUGAAUGGCAAGCUACCAAAUUUGGAUAUGUUUAAUCUGGUCCAGAGGAUUAUGGCUCGUGAGGGCAUCGCCUCUGGUUACAAGCAAUCACCUCGCAAGAAGCGUCGCCAUAGUCAGUCCGCCUUCGAGCAAAAUCUUCGCCAAAUGCUGACCAUGCUGGCCAGCCAGUCGUCGGGCGUGCCCAAUGGUAAUCAUGGUCUAUUCCAUCGCUAUCGCAUCGAUGCCCUAACUAUAGCUGCUAAUCGAAGGGCUACACAUGCCACGCUGAAGGGCAGUCCAGGAUCGGCAGCAGUGCCCUUGCUGAAAGCUAUCGAAGGAAUAUCCAGGAGUCUGAACAACCUUUUGGAGCGAUUCCAUCAGAGCUUCUUCUUUUAUGUGAUCGUGAACAAUGAUCGGUAUAUCUCUAUCGGAGAUUAUAUGCCUGCUUUGGUGGCCCUGGUGGCUUGUGCCUUUGUCAAGGCUUAUCUAACGUGGUCCACAUUGCCGGCGACGAAUUCUGAACUGGAAACGGCAGCUGGUUUGGUCAGGGAGCAGGGGCAGGAGACAGAAUUAGAGGAGGACCCUGAUCCGGAUAAAUUCGAACUGCCAUAUGGAUCCGUGUUGAUCUACCUUACCGCCACCCUGUUGAUAGGAUUCCUGUGUAAUGUGCUGCCUCUGCAGCAAUAUUUCCUAGAGAUUCCGAUGGGCGCCGCACCACUUACCACCUCAGUACUAAGUUUUCUAUCGCUCAUUGGAUUCAUUCUGCCCUUUGUGGUGGUUCUGCCUCCUGGAGGCUUGGAGCUGCUGCACGUGGCCUUUCUGCUGAUCUAUGGCUGUGCUUUGAUCGUCAUCGGAUUGCUAAACUUUGCCCUGGGAUUCUUUGCGGCCGUACUAACUGUGCCGUUGGUCGUUUCGCUGGAAACCAAAGAGGAGAACUCCCGCAGCACGUUGAGAAACACGAUUCGUUUGGCCACGCUGGUCAUGAAUCCUAUGAUGGUCAUCUAUGUUAUCGUGCUGGCCAUGACAUUCUACCAGUUUCCUGAGCUGCCGCUGCAGAAGAUCAUGCUAAGGGCGGCCACCGCGGCCAUGGAUGCCUCUGCUUACGGGCUUAUCGAUUCCGUGAUCUAUGGCAACUGGCUGUACUUUGUCAUCUGUACGGUCUUCCUGCCUUUGUGGAUCAUCUGCUGGACAUUGGCAUUGUCUAAGCGACGAGACUACGCAGAUUACCUGGACUUCGAUGAGUCGCCAUCAACGUCACCGCAGCCGAAGGUGAAAAUGAAUUAAGGAGAAGAACUACCCAGAUUUCCAUUCAAAUGUUACUCAGUGUUUGAUUGAAUGUCUACAUAUAUCAACUGGAAAUAAUCCUAAGAUAAAGUGUGAUAAACCCAACAAAUGUGUGUAAUGGAGGUAAGCGAUUGCACAUGCAGAGAAAAAAUUCCAUUUAAAUGUUAUGCAUUUGUCUAAAUAAAUGAAGCCUAUUUAUUAGUUGGAAA